CUUCAACUCACCACCACGCUAUCCUACAAAUGGCAUCAGCACCACCGACCGCCGCCAACAUGGGCGCAGACGUCAAGACGCCCGAAGCCGCCGCCGCGCCGCCUGCGAAAGUAAAGCCGUGCUGCGUAUGCACCGACCAAAAGGCCAAACGCGACGAAUGCAUGCUGUUCUCUACCUCCAACGAUGCGCAGAAAGAAUGCGCCACCCUGGUCGACCAAUACCGCCAAUGCAUGGCGGGAUAUGGAUUCAAGAUAUAACUGCGCUUGGAGGCGCAGACGUGUAUGAUAACGAGGACAACUUCGAGACGACUGUACAACACACAGCAGCAUGGAAGGCGUUCAACAUUAGACAUUGGCAUGAUGCAUUCAUUUGUAUUGCUUGUAUAUAUAUGUACAUGAGCUGGAUUCAAAAUUCAAAUCCAUCUCGGCUCUAAACAGCUAGCUGGGGUAUCUUGAAAAUAAAUAUGGAAAUGCAGCCACCACUUUCCAGACCAUAUUUCACUGUGUCUUGCUCUUUGCUCCUCCCACUAGCUCACUCUUGAUGCAUAGUCGCCACAAGCACCACAGGUAGCAUAUCCCAAACCCGCCUGUGCCCACAAUUGCAUUCGCAACAACCCACAAAUCUGGCUUGUUUGCGGGAGGGGCAAAGACGGCUUCGACCACGUGCCAUGCUACCAUGGCGACGUACAUGUUGACGUGUAGCAUCUUGCUGAAUAGGUUCAGCCCGCUCCU